UCUUGGUAUCAACGUGAAUUUCUUUUUGGGGUUAGGGAUUGUGGACUGAUAACUGGGUUAAGCAUGACGUUGAAUGUCUCAUUACGGCAACGUGGAUUGUCUCUUUCUCUUCCGAGAUAUGGGCAUUCCGGGGAAUGUCGAUAGGGUGUGAUGAAAGGACUGGACGUUUCCAGUGGUGCAGACAACAUCAUGGGUUCCACGAUCCCUGGCGGUAUGACGUGAAGAAGCGUCCCAUAACCGAGGAGGCGCAUAUGCCUAGACAACCGUUGAGCAGGGUGUUCAGGUUCAAGUUCUCAAUAUUCUGUCUGUUCGGGUCUAGUCCAUGGGAUAAUUCCCGCUCGCUCAAGAGCGCGAAAAGCGUGUCAAGGGAAGCCCGAAGACAAUGUGAUAUCAUGGGAGCGGUCAGAGACGAUUGUUUCUCACCUAGUCGCAGUGAUUUCGAUCUCACCGUCUGAUAUUUCCGAAUCCAUGGGGCCAGUUACGCCUGCGCUUUUUCUUUCGUUGACGUGGGGGUGGGGAGACGUGGCAUCCAAUAUCAUGGGCGUAUUCAUUUAUCCAAAUCCGAGACAAUGGAGAUAAACAACCGCACCGUGAGAACCGA